AUGAUAAAGAGAGGAAACAAGCUGCCUAUCCAAGUGGCUGAAGGGAAGAAAAGACCUGAUGUCCCACUUCAAGCAGCGAAGCUGGCAUCAGAAACUGGUGUAGCUCUUAGAGACAAGCUGCCUAUCUACACAUCUUGGAAGCUUUAUGAAAAAGAUGGGGGGCCAGUAGAAGUACAAAAAGUGCUUGAUAAAGUGGCGAAUAGGUUGGAUGUGGAUGUUAAGAAUGAUGGACCAAGCAAAUCUGCAUGCACUGAUAUCAUUAAGAAGGGAGUAAAGCAGCAGAGGUAUCACCUAAAAAGGAAGUACUUCGACGAGUCCCUCACAAUGGAACAGCUGUUGGCCAAAGAACCUCCACCUAAAAUGAAGACAGAGGAGUGGAUCGAGCUCAUAAAGUACUGGUGUGACCCAAAGAAUCAGGAGAAAUCUGCGAAGAAUAAAGUAAACCGAUCCAAGGUGCAGCUUCACCAAAAAACUGGUUCUAGGUCCUACAUAGCCUAUCGAUACAGCCUGAGGCCUAAGUACAACAACAGCGAUCCAGAUGCUGUAGAGUUCUUUGGGGAAUGUAUGAAAAGUUCCAAAAAUGGUCGCACUCCUCUUGCCAAUGAAAUAUAUGAACGGAUGGUGGCAGAGAAGGAUAGAGAGCCAGAAGAAGGAGAAGAAAAAAAAUCUCCCACCAAGAUUGUUGAUGAAACUCUUAGCGAGAUCAGCCGCUCAUCCACAUUUCUUCCUAACAUUGGUGCCCCUCGACCAUCAAAGAAUGCUCAGUCCUCAUCAACAGCAGCACAAGCACGCAUCCGAGCUGAGUUUGAGGCAACCCUCCAAGCUGAAAGAGAGGAAGCUGCAAGGAAGCGGGAAGAGUUGCAGGCACAACUUCAAGCUCAGCAGGACGCACUUGAAGAAAACCAAAACUUGCUGCGGCAGACCCAAGAGGAAGUGAGGGGGAUGACUAGCAGGUUUGAGGAGACUAAUGCGCUGCUGCGAGCUGUCCUGAGACUUCAGAAAGAUUGA